UGUUAUGCCGACUUUUUGCCAGACGAAAAUGGUUUUAUUUCUCUUAGCUAUAUGGUUUAGUUUGACUAAUUUAAUAUUGUUGUUAUGAUUUUGUGGUCGUUAUUAAUGCCGCUCGCUCGUAUUAUUGUUAUCGUAUUGUAAAGAAUAAACUAAAAUGCAUAAAUGCACACUAUGAGUGUUUCUGUGUAAUAUUGUGUCCACGCCGCGAAUAAGUAAAACCGAAGGAGAAUAAAAUGGGUAUAAAGGGUCUGUGGACAGUGCUAACACCUUACAGCGAAAAAAAAGCUUUACACGAAAUUAGGGGUGAAACAGUUGCUGUUGAUUUAUCAGGAUGGAUUUGCGACAGUCAGAAUGUAACGGAUUACCAUAUCCAACCAAAACUGUACCUGAGAAACCUCUUUUUCCGUACUGUAUACCUGGUGUUGGCUGAUAUUAACCCAGUGUUUGUACUCGAGGGUGAUGCUCCAGAGCUGAAGAGGGAUGUCAUGGCUGCCCGAAAUGCAAUCCAGUUCAAGGGAGCUGCUCCAAGGUCUGAAACUGCAGUAGCCAAGAAAAAACCUGAUGUUGCUAGAAAGAGAUUUAAAAAUGUUCUCAAAGAAGUGGUUGAUGCAGUAGUAUCUCAAGACUCAGAUUGCUUUGCUUAUGGAGCUCGCCGCGUGUACCGUAACUUUAGCGUGUCGAAUGCAGCUGGAGGUGGCGCGUUGCAAGGUUCCGUCGACUGUUACGACGCUGAUGCUAUGUAUAACCAUAAUGGUUUUGGCCGUAACAAGAUGGUGGCGCUAGCUCUGCUCUGCGGUUGUGACUAUGGAGUCGGUGCGUGUGGGUCCUCCACGACCACUGUCGUAUCAUUCCUACAUACAAUUCAAGAGAAGGAUGUUGUACCUAGGUUACUGUCUUGGGUAACGGAUCCCGAGCGCUAUGAUGAACAGAACCGUUGGCUGGCAGCGCCCGGUCGCUGCGAGCGAUGUGGUCACUUCGGCCGGCCGCACGGCAAGACUGGCUGCCCCGUGUGUGCCACGCAUCGCGGCUGUAACGAUACUGGGCAUAAAACGAAGGUGUCAGAAAUUAAAAGGGAACUAUCGCUUCGCAACCGCGCCUUAACUUGCGGGGCUCCCUUUCCUGAGCCCAAAGUAAUGAAGGAAUUUAUGAACAGGCCUCCAGAUAAUAUAGACCUUAACGCUUUGAAGAAACCUACACCAAGUUUGAUACAAUUUAUGAAAUUGAUGACAAGCAAGUUGGACUGGUCAGAGCGAUAUUGUGUGGAGAAAUUCUUGCCAUUGCUUACGAAGUGGCACUUACAAGACGAUGUGCCAGGCAGGAGUAUCAAACCUAUAUUGAUUAAGAAAAAGAGGAAUCCAAGAGGUGUACCAAGUUUUGAAGUUGUGUGGUCAGACAUCAGUGGACAGUAUGACGGACUUAUACCCGAUGAUCAGUUUGAAGAAGGUGAGGAUCCCUCCAUAGUGUGGACUACUACGGAAAGACAAGAUUUGAUGCGCAAAUACUAUUCGGAUCUGGUAGAAGCCUACGAAGAGUCAACCAAAAAGCCUGUCAAAGAAAAGAAGACUAGAGGAAGAAAGAAGAAAGAAGACACUGACAACGCCAACCCUGACAAACCUAAAAGAAAAUAUAAUAGGAAACCUAAAAACAUUGAUCCUGUCGACAAUAUAAACGCGUCGAUUAAAUCACUAGGACUUAAAGACAAGGAAACGAAUUCAAGCAUAUUAAAUGUGAGUGUAAAAGUAAAUAAGCUAAAAAGAAAAAUUAAAACGAACACAAAGAAAGGACAAAAAACUUUAAAUAGCUUCAUCGUCAACAAAAAACGAAAGGCUAACGAUAAAUUAAUUCAAUCUCUUAGACAGAGCUUUAAAAACAUGUCCGUAUGUGAUGACUAUAUGAGUACACCUCAUAAGAAUGAUGAUAAAUUCAAUGAGAUUUUGAGCGACAAUAAAGAAAAUAAAUUAAGUGCACAUUGUUUAUCAUUAUUAAACAAGACUGGAGAUGAAAGCGACGGUGACUUAUCAGCUAUAAUAGAUGAAAUAGUUUCAAGGUCACCAGAACUUAAAACGGUGCCAAUUGACAAUAAAUUAGUUAGACUAGUGUUCGAAAAAUACUCAACGCCAAAAAAAAUGAGUAUGCGAAAAUCUGUUUUGAAUCAAAUUCACAAUAAUUGCUCUACACCAAGAGACAGUCCAGUUAGGAAGAAAAGUCUAAGAUUUAGCAGUAAUAAUUCUAUGAUCAGUAAAGUAAAUACCAGUUAUUUUUUCGAUAAGUUGACGGAAGAUGGCGACGCCUUUGAAAUGUCUUUGGAGCAUAAAAGUGUUGUGCAAUUGGAUAGUACUGUCGAAUACAGUCUGCCCGAGGUUUUUCUGUAGGAUCAUGUAAAUGAGAGUUCGAAUAUACUGAAUUAAAAAAAA